AUGAGUUCUGUCAUGGACUUUCUUUCUACUCCUUUACCUCCCAUAGCAAUAAGCUUAUCAGUAAUUUUAGCUGUACUUGUGAUCAUACCCCAUGCUAGAAGAUUGAGCACUGAGGACAAAAAGAGAUACUAUCCUGUUGUGACAACCUUCUUAAACGUCCUGAUCAACUUCUCUAGGCUACACGAUUACAUGACCGAGCUUGCAUGCAAACACAAAACUUACAGUCCUCUCAGCACACCCAAACUCACUCCAAGACAAAGCCAAAGGACAGUCAUGCAAAGGACCAAUGGUCAUCUCUCUUGUGCUAACGUGUACAGAUGA